AUGGAUUUCACUAAACCAGAGACAGUUUUCAAACUGGAAAAUAUUAGAAAUGAAUUGGUGAAAAUGGAAGAUUCUAUUAUUUUCCAAUUCAUUGAAAGGUCACAUUUCCCAACCAAUGGCAAUGUUUACAUUGAAAACAAUACAAAACUUCCGUUGGGUGAUUUUGAUGGUUCUUUCUUAGACUGGGCUUUAAUGCACCUAGAAAUUACUGAAUCACAAUUGAGAAGAUUCGAAUCGCCAGAUGAAACUCCAUUCUUUCCAGAUAAAAUUUUAAGUUCAAUACUACCAAGUAUUAACUUUCCUCAAAUUUUGGCACCAAGUGCAGAAAAUGUAAAUUAUAAUAAUAAAAUUAAAGGCGUCUACAUCAAAGAAAUUGUUCCAUUAAUUUCAAAAUAUGAUGGUGAUGAUGCUAAUAACUAUGGUUCUGUUGCUAUGACAGAUAUACAAUGUUUACAAAGUCUGAGUAGAAGAAUUCAUUUUGGUAAAUUUGUUGCCGAAGCAAAGUUUAGAUCAGAUGAAGAGUUGUACACAAAAUUAAUUAAAGAGAGAGAUAUUGAUGGUAUUAUGAAACACAUUACAAAUUCUGCCGUCGAAGAAAAGAUUCUUCAGAGAUUGACCACCAAAGCAGAGGUAUACGGUGUUGAUCCAACUAAUAAAGAGAGUCAAAGAAAAAUUACACCUGAGUAUCUAGUAAAAAUCUAUAAAGAAUUUGUUAUUCCUUUAACCAAAGAAGUUGAAGUUGAAUAUUUACUAAGAAGAUUGGAUUGA